CCAUUUUUCGUCGGGUCGCGUUUCUAAGUUUGAAAAGACGAAAAACGCACUGAAAAGGCGUCCUUCUAUUAAGAAAUCAUUGAAAAAAACAAGUUACUUCACUCAUUAGCAGCGCGUGCGCCUUAAUUUCACGAAAACUUUGCGACUGAAAAAGGAGUGAUCGGUGGUAGCUUGGGUUUAUUGUGACAAUAGAGUUCCGGUAAUAGAAACGAAAUCUUUCAUUUUCCCGGAAAUUAGGUUGAAAUUCUCAAUAAAUACUGCUAUCGAAGUCCUGCUAAAAUAUUCGUACCUACGGAUUUGCCUAGCUUUCGUGUGUGAUGUAUAUACGUGUGUGUGAGUGUUCAUGAGCGUUUGACAUGGAAGUAAAAUAUUACCCGACACAGUAAAUUGCUAAUACGUCGAAUAGUGUAUGGACAAUAAAAUUUUGGCCAGCACCAAACUGACCGUGUAGCCCAGGAUAUACUGGGAAUCCUUUCCUUCGCCAAAUAGGAUAGACAUCAGGAUAGACACAGAUCCAUUGUUUGAAAGGCUUCAGUUGCGGCAUUCCAUCUGUCUGUCAAGUUUUUUUUUUUACAUUUUACUGUGAAACUCCUUUCUGCAAGAUCCUUCGUUUGGUACCCUAACAAUGGAGGUUGACCAAACCACCCCCGGGGUGUUGCGUUCGAUUCUAAGCACCGAAGAACUGAAAGCUAUACCCGACGCAACGGCCAAGAAGAUAGAGGAUGACUACAAGGAGAAGAUUGAUGAAUUCAUUACGGCAAAGGCGCUUUUCGAAACGCGAAAGACUGACCUGGAGAAACUAAAAAUUGAAAAUGAAAAGAAAAUCGACGAACUCACCCUGAAGGUACAAGACGAAUCGUCCAAAUACCACUUCUCCCAGCAGAGCGUCAAGGAAUUGCGCAUUGAACUGGACGAUCUGAAGCUAGAGCUUAGUAAAACCAAGGAAAGGCUCGCGCGCAACGAUGAGGAAACAGCCCGCUUCCGCCAUGAGCGCAAUGAGGCCGUCACCGAACGAAACACCUUGCUCAGUGUGGUCGAGCGAAAGACGAUCGAGGUUGAACGGUUGCAGGCGGAUGUCAUGUCGCUGGAGGCGAAACUCAAAGCGUCCCACAUCGAACAGUGCGCGGCGCUUGCCAAGCUGGAUGAAAUCAAGAGCAAGGAGCAUUCGCUCGAGCACAAGGAGAAACGUAUGGACCGGGAGAUGUCGAUGCGCGACAACCACAUCGCGAAGCUAACCCAAGACCUGGAUGCCGCAAUGCAUGAUCUGCAAAAUCUGCGUCAUCAGAAAAACAUCCAAUCGCUCACGGUCGAUACGAAGCUGGCGGAAAAAAUCGAGGAACUGAAGAUCGCGAACAAAACGAUCGCACACCUAACGGAACGGAAUAGCGAGCUCUUGUCGAAGGUGGAUGAUUUGGCAGCCAAAAACAUGCACCUAUCCAAUGAGUCGUCCACCAUGUUGGAAACAUACCAUAAGCAGAUCGACUCCCAGACGAACCUGUGCAAUCUGCUCCAGCAGGACAAAGACGAUGCGCAAAACCAGGUCAAAGAGCUGGAGUCGUAUAUCACAGAGCUGCGUCAGCUUCUGGAGGAGGCCACCAAAUCGUGCGGUGAUUGGGAAACGAAAAACAAGCAGCUCGCACAGGACCACGCGGAUGCGCUUGAGAAAAAGGAGUCCCAGAUCCGCGAAAUGCAGCAGGAGCUGAAGGUUGCGAACGAGCUGCUGCAGGCUGCAAAGGAUGAAAAUUUGGAACAUGCGAUCGAACAGCUGGCCCCAACGGCAGCCGCCACGAGCCGGAUGCUCAAGUCGGGCAUGUCGCUGACGGAAGUUUACUCGCUAUACGUGCGUACGUCGGAACUGUUGCACAAAGAGCAGAAGGAGAGUAGCAAACUGAAGAUGCAGCUUGAGCACAUUCUAAUGGAACUGGAGGAGAAGGCACCGAUGAUGGCGCGCCAGCAGACAGAAAACUUGAACCUCAAGGAAAUGAACGAGGAGCUCAUAGCGCAAGUAAACAAAAUGAUCCAAGAAGCCGGUGAGAUGCGCGAGCAGGGGUCGCGUAUGGAAAACAAAAUCCGUCACCAGGAGGGCCAGAUCGAGAAGCUGAAAAUUGAGCGAAAAGAUCUCAGUCGCCAGGUGUGCAAUUUGUUACACGAGGAGGCACUCUCUCGGGGGGUUAAUGAUGUGUCCAUCGGUGAGCUGCUGAACAUCUCGGGCAACAUCGACAUGAGCGACAUGAUCUCGAAAACGAUGGUCACGUUCAGCACAAUCGAAGAGAUGCACGAACAAUACCUGAAAUUGUUGCUGGUGGUGCGCGAUCUCAGCGAGCAGGUCGCGGAAGCUAACAAAGUACGGCACUCGAUGAGUACGGCUGUAUUCGAGACGAAGCUGGAGGCAUGCAAUCGGCGCAUCGAACAACAGCAAGAUAAGAUUGAAAAACAGGAGCAGAUGGUGGAGUAUUACAGCCAGCAGAGUAACCGAUACAAAAAAAUGUACCAUGACGCGAUGCGCAGCUACAACCAGGCGGGCCAACAAAGCAUGAACAUGAAUGGGGCGAAUUCAUUCGGUGGUGGCGACUCUACCAUGAUGAUGGACGGUGUCGAUGAUGUACCGCUCGCGAAUAGCAGCUCGGCUGGCGUUGUUGGCCAAACAGUGAACCAGACCGCAAACGCUACGCUUAUUGCCGAAAAGGAGCGUAAGAUAACGGAGCUCGACGGCAAGCUAAAGGAGCUGCAGAAGGAGAUGGGCACGCUCAAGGACGAGUACGAGACGUACCGACGGGAGAAGCUCACGAACGACAAGAUGUUGAACGAGCAGUUCGAUCAGAUGCGCGGCGAAAUUCGAGAGCUCACCUCAAAGAACGUGAAACUGAUGGGUACGAUCGAGUUCAACACCGACCAAAACCGCAUGAUGGUCAAGAACAUUGCGACAUACAAGACCCAAAUCCAGACGCUCGAGGAGCGCAACAAAAAUUACGAGACAACCAUCGCGAAGCACGAGGCAUCAAUCAUGUACCUCCAGAACGAAACGAUGAGCGCUCAGUCAAAGUUGGCGCGCGCCGAGGUUCAGCUGGAGAACCUUAAGCAGGAGUGCCACAUCCUUAAAGGUAGCGAGGCUCGACUGCAAAGUGAACGUGAAAUUUUCAACCGCGAGCGGCAAAAUCAGAACCUGCUGCUAAACAACCUCGAGAUGAUCAAAAUGAACAUGGAGCGCUCGGAGAACGAGGGUCGGUUGCGCUUGGAGUCUCGCAUGGACGAAAUGUCGCGUGAAUGCUCCGCUCUGCGGAAUCGACUGCAAGAGGAGCAAGAUCGGUUCCGGGAGCAAUCCAGCAUCCUGCAGCGCCAAGCCGACACGGCCCGGCAGCGCAUGGAGGAAGAGAUUGCCAUCGCCGAAACGGUGCAGGUGGAGUUGAAGAACGCCCGCGACGACCUGGAGAUAAAGGCGCGCAAAAUAGACGAGCUGCAGCGCAAGCUCCAGGAAACUCUGUCACCGAACGACGAAGACAAUCCCGUCACGAAGGCGAACCGGAAGGUGCGCGAACUCGAGCAGCAGCUGAACGAGCGCCAGGUGGAGCUAGAGUCAACGCUGGCCGAGCUUGCGACGUCGAAGGCGCACGUGAAGCAGUACGCGGAUCUCUCGGAAUCGGCCGAAAAGGAGCUUAAGGAUUUGCACGAUCUGUAUAGAAACUUACAGGAGGCUAGCCACGCGACGGAGGCCGAGCUGCGGAAGCGCGAACAAGAUCUGACUGCCCAGGUUAAUGAGCUCAAGACAGAGGUAUCACUGAAGCUCACCGAUGCCCAGCUAACCGCCUCGAGCGACAAGGACACGGAGCUGCAUAAGGUCCAGCUGGAACUGAAGGAUUCACUGGAGAAGCUGGCGGAGCAGAACCGCGAGAUGCGAGAGAUGCGCGAGAGGUGCAACCAGCUUAUGGAACAAGUGACCCAAGCGGAAAACAAGUAUUCGACCGAGAUGAUGCAGCACUCCGACGACAUUCGCCAGCUCACGGACAUCAAGCAAGAAAUGAAGCGUAAUCGUGCGCAGUUUAACGAGUUGAUUCAGGAACGCGAUCAGGCGAUCGAGCGACUCAAGGUGGGCGAAGAAGGUUGGUCGAACCGCGAGCAGCUACUGCGCACCGAAAUGACGCAGCUCGAGGAACGGCUAGAGAAUCUGAACUCGCAAAAUGCGGUACUGCACGAUCAGAUUCAGUGUCUCAGCACUCGGCUGUCGGUGACCGCGGCCAACGCCACCCAAUCGCCGACGGCUGGAGGAGGAGCCGAUGAUUCGAUGAGUGGCGGUGCGGACUGUUCAGUGCUAAACCGCUCGCUUACGGAAGAAGAAAAGCAGUCCGCCGAGCAGCUGCUGCUCAUCAUCAAGUAUUUGCGCAAAGAGAAGGACAUCGCCGUCGCCCGGUUUGAGCUGCUUCGGUCGGAAAAUGUGCGCAUCCAGUCGGAGCUGAUGAUGUUCCAGAAGAAGUGCAAAGAUGCGCAGGCGGAGCUGGCUGAGGCGCGGGAGAAAACGGACACAGGCAUGGUGACCGUCGUGAAGCACGAGGAGAUUCUGCGCAAGAUGGAAACGUACAACGCCAUCACCGACAGCAACCGAGUGUUACGCGAGGAGCGGGACGGGCUGGUACAGGAGCUUCGGGCACAGACGGAGCAGUUGCGGCUGGCUCAGGAAACACUAGACCCGCUAAAGGAGAAAGUCAACGAGUUGACGGUUAAGCUCGAGUCGGCCACCAAGGACAAUGCGUCGUUGCGCAUCGAAGCAACCCGUUGGCGCCAACGGGCGAAUCUGUUGAUCGAGCGCUCGAAUAAAACCAAUCCCGAUGACUGGAAGCGCAUGCAGACGGAGCGCGAGAAUCUGGCCAAGAUGCUGAUGGCCGAGAAGGAGCAGCUGAAGCAGGCGAACGACGAGCUGAGCGCUAUCAAGCAGGAUCGGGCGCGCCUCGAGACGGAGCUGGCCAACGUGACCAAGCAGCUGGAGGCUCGAGACGAGAAGAUCAAAAAGCUCGAAAUCGACCUGCAGAGAGACAUCUCCCAGGCAUCCACUAAGCUGACGGGCGAGAUCGAGUCGCUGAAGGCCGAGCUGAAGACCAAGGAUGAGCAACUGGCGGACGCGAGAAACAAGGAGCAGCAGAUUCGCAAGAUUGCCAAGCGCUACAAGGACUCGUACUUCGAACUCAAGAAGGAGGUGGACGAGAAGGAGGCAAGCGGCGGUAGUUCGGUCGAGAAAACCACAACGACGACGGUUCCAGCGGCGGCUGUUAGUGGUGCUGAAUCGGAUGUCGUAGGCGGAGCGUCGACGACGGCGGCGGAGAUGGAUGUUCUACGCAAAAAACUGGAAACGGCCGUUGAAGAAGUCGAUACGCUCCAGAAAGGGAACGAACUGCUGCGUGCCCAACUGGACAAAGCCGACCGUAGUCAGGCGCUGCUAAAUGAAGCGAAGUCUCGAAUCGACAGCAUUACGGACCAGAAUAAAGCAGCGGUUCGUGAGCUCAACGUGGCGAAGGUGCAGCUGCAACAGUUGCGCGAGGAAAACGAACUGCUGAAGAAACAGUACGAGGGGCACAUGUCCCGCUACGAGAAGGACACUGCCGAUGCGGACCGGGAGAGCAAGGAAGCAAUCGCGCGCUUGAGUCGCGAAAACGAGCAGCUGGUGAUUCGGUUGAACCAGCUCAACCGGCAGCUAGGUCUACAGCAGGCGGCCAAACCGAGCACGAGCGCGGUCGGAGCCGGAUCGUCGGAGAAGCCGGUAGGUGAAAGCGUCCGGACAGCGAACGUGAAGCCGAUGGCCGGACCAAGCAACCAGCAAUCAGCGGCCGUCACACCACGGCGUGUCAGUGAAACGCCUCUGGCCAGCAUUCGCCCAAUGGCAGUGGGCAGUCGUACGGCGGCCGUUCUGCCGACCAGCCAGAGCACCACCAAUGUCGCUAUUGUGCAGGGCUCGAGCUCGUCCUCUACAUCCUCCGCGGCGACGGCAGCGGCGGUGGCGGCGGUUGCUGCUGCUGCGUCCUCGGGUGGCGCGUCCACUACGGGAACACUUUCGACGGUGUCGGGCUCCUCGUCAACGGGGGGUACGAUAGCCGUCCAAGGGGGGGCCAACAGUGGCGUUACCGGCAGCAGUGCCACCAGUGGUAGCGUCGUCGUCUCUGGUGGACCAUCGUCCGCCGUUGGAAGUGGCAGUGGACCGAGCGCUGCAGGGUCUGUUGUGCCGGCCUCAACCUGCGGAGUCACCACAGCCCUCGUGCCUCCGCAGCAACAGGUGCAUAGCGCAACAGCGACAAGCAGCAGCAGCACCACCAGUGGUGGUAGCGGAAGCAAUCUGAACGAAUCGAUGGCCUCCUCGUCUCCGACAAGCUCUCACACCGACUACAUGCCAGCAACGAGCUCUGCCAGCGUGGCCGUGGCAGCCGUACCGCCGAUGGGCACGGCUACUACGUCUACCAAUGCGGCCGAAAGCUCGUCGUCUUCGACUUCCACGUCCCACAUGGCCGAGGGAGAGAGCGUAGCGCAGAUGGGAAGCAGCAGCAGCACUGAUCCUAGCCAGCAACAGCAAGCACAGCAGCAAGCUGUGCCACAAGCUGCGGUUGCCAUGGUGCUGCCACAGGUCGAAGGAGGCGUUAGUCAGCCGCAGCAUCAGGUUCAGCAGCAGCCCCAACACCAGCAGCAGCAGCAGCAACAUCAAGCAACCCUAGCUCAGCAGCAGCUAGCGCAACAGCAAUCUUCACAGCCACAGCAAGCACAGCAACAACAGCUCGUGCUGUCUGCCCCACAGGCGUCAUCUAGCAACACUGUUACGACCACCCAAGCCGGGCACAAGCGACUACGGGAUGUCGAAGGCGAUAGUUCAACCGAUACCGUGGGCCACCAGCAAUCAACCAGCAAACCGACACCGGCCAAAAAGCGUCUUCGGACAACCCAAGUGGCUGGCGAAGUUUUCCAGGGUGUGAGUGAAUCCGGACUAGAUGUCGAGUAUCAAGUUCCAACAUCGUCCCAGCGUGAUCAGGAGGACGAUAUAGUCGUGGUGGAUUCGGAGGAGGAUGAUGAGGAGGAUGACGAUGACGAAGAUGACGAUGAGGAGGAAGAAGAUGUUGGCAUGGCGGACGAGGGAACGGCAGAGGCCGACGAUGGUCCAUUCCAGGGCUAUGUUGUGGAGGAAUCGUACGAACAAGAAGGUUCUGGUAUGGUAGCCGCCGGUGCCGGUCCGUACGACGAGGGCGAAGGGCCCGACAUCGACGAGGACGACAACAUCGAACCAUCCGCCAAUAACGAGGUGGACGUGGACGAGGACAACGAGGCCCCGAAUGCGUGCGGAACCACCUCAACUACCUCGACGUCCACUUCGUCCUCUUCGUCUCAGUCGGUAAAACUACAGCUGCAGCAGCAGCAGCAGCAGCCAAUGGAGACGGCCGAUGCUGAAACGAGCAGUACGACCACAACCACUAACCCGGUCAGUGGAGCGACAACUGCCGCCGUCCUUCCUGGUCCUUCCUCCAUCACUACCUCGGGAUCGUCCGGCGGCGCUGUUGGUAGUCCUUCGAUUAACGACGGUCCACAGCAACCACAUAUACAGAGCACUACUGGCUCCUCCGGAGGUAGUCAAUCGUGCGGGACUCCUAUUGUACUGCCCUCCGCGGCCGCAUCCUCUUCCAGUACGGCAGAAGCAACGGCAUCGGCUGUCGCCGGUUCUUCCAACGCCGCUAUGCCAGCCGCCACGCGCCAGGUGGUGAAUCCGCUCAGUCGGCAACAGCAACAAGCCGCUCACUUGAUGCUGAUGAAUUUUGAGCACGAGAGUGCGGAUGAUCGGAUCGUGCCCAGUACACCGACGCUAUAUGUAACACGACGCACGGAUGGAUCGUCGUAAGACACAUCUCGAAGGAAAGAGAGAACGAGAAAGGCCCGCGUAUGAAGAGUCGGUGGGACAUAGUAGAGAAAGGAAAGUAGCGCGCUAAGAAGAAUCCGCGAAUGCUGUGGGUAUAAACGCCGCCUUCCCACGUGCACACACUGCGAAAGUCAAAUGCAAAGAAUAUCACGAUGGUACAUUAGGUUCCAAUAUAAUAUUUCUCUGCAGCGGAAAUACGGAAGCAGCAAGAAUCGAGUACAGGCAGAAUUUAAGGCACCCGAUGCCACACAUUUCGUUAGGCUAAUUCUAAUUCAAUUUUAGAAGAGAAAUCGCUUGCGUGUGAACCGAAGUUAAACCAUUAAUUCUUCAUUUCAGCUGGCAUUGUAGGUUUUUUUUUAAUGCAGCAGUUCGAUUUUCGACGCAAAUUAAACAAUUGUUGUCCAAAAAUCUUGCAACUUUUAGCAAACAUUAUUGUACAUAUACAAAAUAACUAUAAGAUUUUUAUUUUUCGUAUUUUACAUGGCAUUUGAACACUAUCUCAAGGUGAUGAUUUAACCAAAAGUAAUCAACGGAUGCAUUUUUUAAAAUUUGCGUUCCAUUCCUAUUGGUAUUAAUUACCCUUUGGAGAUAUAAUAUUGGUUCACGUGAUAGGAAAAAUGUAAAUUAUAUGUCACACUAAAUAUUAGCACUCAGCAUUAGUUGUUUCAAUUACUGUCCUUUUAACGUAACGUGUUUGUAUGUUUCGGUUUCGCAUAGAGCAUGCAUGUAUAGCAAUAAAAGUGGUCCAAUUUAAUUCUACUCAUUUUAAAACUUGCAUAAUUACUCGAGUAAGGUUUCUAUGUGUUAUAAAAUAAUAUGAUCGUUUAGGAUAGAUCUUUGCCGGAUACUAUAGGAAAGAUUGAGAUUAGAGGGUAAUUUUACAGUAACAAAAAAAAAGCAAAAUACUCUUCUAUCUAGAAUAUGAUAAUGAAUAAGAACGUAGACAUAGGUAGUAGCAACAUGAAAAAGCAUUUAAAAAUGAGGUCACAGAGAUUCGUUUUUAUCGAGCCUAACAAGCAUUUGCCAAUCUGUGCAUAGGUCACUGUUUUUCAGAAUACGUCGUAAAUUAAGUUUAUUCCUAUAGACUAGUAAAUUUAAACUGCGCAGAUUCGGUUCUCUUCUUUGAAGCAAGAAAUAAAAGUAAUAGAUUUAAAACCAGUACUCCAUCGAACGGCAACUGUAUCUUCUAGACUUUGA